AUGGCCGUAUGUGUCUUGAUAGUUUUCUACAUGGCAAUGAGUAUUGUAUUGACUCAAAUGUGUGGUUCGAAAAAGAAGAAACCGGCAGCUGGUGCGAAGAGUGAAGUUCCGAUGUCAGCUAUCGAUGCGACUGGUGCUGCAGCCAAAUCAUCGACUUCUCAAGUGAAGAAACCAGAUGAAGAGAAAAAAGAAGAAGAGAAAAAAGAAGAAGAGAAGAAGGAGGAGUGA